UGAUUCGCCCUCAGCAGUGGCGGUGUCCCCCCCUUCUGGAGCGGCGCCCAGCUGUGGCCCAGUCACAGGCGAUGGAGGGCCUAAAAAAACCUGACUUUUCGGGCUGCCACUCCCGUCUCGUCUGGAGGUGCCAGCGCAGCCACUCUCCAGCCAGUCACUCACCCGCCCGGGCACGUACCAGCACCGCACGCAUUCACUCCUUCCCUCCUGCUCCGCUUCUGGGCUCUCUCUUUGUUGACCCUCUUCCCCUUCUUCCCUACCCCCAUUUGAACGAACCAUCUUCCUCCAAAUCCCGCCUCUCUCUUCUACUUUCUUCAGCCUCGACUGAAUUUCUUUUACGCUUACAUACUCCGACUACCCAAACAACUUUCUACCACAAACAUCCAUCAUAAAACAGUCUCCGUGCACUGUUUUAUCCCAGACGAUCUUUGCCAUCAAUCGUUAUUAACGACGGCGAUACCUCGCAACAAACCCUUUAGAUACCCCCUCUACACAUCACAAAAUGGCUCUUAAGCGCAUUAACAAGGAGCUCACUGAUCUCGGCCGAGAUCCACCCUCUUCUUGCUCUGCCGGCCCUGUCGGCGAGGAUUUGGUAGGCAUCACCCCUCCCCCACAUUGAUAAGCACGUGGCUGUCAAAGGCGUCAUGACUGCCGCAAGCCUCUUCCCAGGAGGAACGAGAUAUCAUUUUUGAGCGUACGGCUAACAAAUCUGAACAGUUCCACUGGCAAGCUACAAUUAUGGGACCUAGCGAUUCUCCAUACUCCGGCGGUGUCUUCUUCCUGGCCAUUCACUUCCCUACCGACUACCCUUUCAAGCCUCCCAAGGUCAACUUCACUACCCGCAUCUACCACCCAAACAUCAACUCUAAUGGUAGCAUCUGCUUGGAUAUUCUGCGUGAUCAGUGGAGUCCUGCGUUGACCAUCUCUAAAGUGCUUCUGUCCAUCUGCUCGAUGCUGACAGACCCCAACCCUGACGAUCCUCUUGUGCCCGAGAUUGCCCAUGUCUACAAGACUGACCGACCCCGAUACGAGGCCACAGCUCGGGAGUGGACUCGAAAGUACGCCAUCUAAAGCGAAUACCAGGGCCGGUGCGGUUAGACUUGGGGUGGUUUCAUCUCCCCUAUCAUGAAGCGACGUGAAACGAACGAGUGAAAGCUUCGUAUGCUGUUGCGAAAUGUCUAUUAGUCGGCGAUACCUAUAUGGGUGCUUUGCCUGAACCGGGGCUUUGAUUGCGAUUAUGAGGCAAUGAGCGACGAUACGAAGCGACCUGAGGGGAGGAACAACUCCAGACAAACAGACUAGUCUAGUAAGGGAUAUCAUGCGGCUGGAUGUUGGGUUUGCAUUGACGAUGUGUUUUUGGCAUCCAGAAACAGGCAGCGUAUACAAUUCGUCUCUCUAUUUGCUAUGGCUCCGGUGCUUUUGUUGUGUUGAUACUGAAUCUUGGUGACAUUGUGAAGUUUGAUUCGAAGAGUCGAAAGUAAUGGCCCAAUGGGGGUUUAUGAAGCGCCAGCAUAUGGCAAUUCGCACAUGAAGGAUACGUCAUGGUGAAAGCUGGCGGCUAUGCUGAGAUGAGUGUGAUUAAGCGCUGACAGGGUUGAGGCUGGUUGACACGGCUGGUAAUAUGACGGGCGCUAGUGGUCAGGAACUUGGGUUCAUCCAGCAUCUGUCGGGGUGGAGAUCACAAGGGAGAUUUACAGUUGGUCCAGAGUGUUUCUAUAGGCGAUGUGAUGAUUUCUACUAUGGAAGUUGUGCUGGAGAUGCCAAACUGAAGUUGAAUGAGAUUGGUUCGUCAGAUAGUUGCAGUUUGUAUGAGAAAUACGAGCUGCCCACAUAUAUCACGGCGAUGACGAAUGUGUUUGGAGAUGGUACAUGUCUUGGAAGAGAAGUGAAACGCGGCAGAGACAAACCUGGAACGAUGUGAUAUAGGGCAGAGAUUUAAUAUAUUGUUUCUGAAAUAUGAGUGGGGGGUUGUUUAAGAGCGGCUCUUGGCCUUUGGAGCAGUGUCUGGGAUCGAGUAUCGAGGAAAGUUAAAGAGUUACACUGUUAUACGCUCUAUUGUGUGCUCUAUUAUAUGAGAAGGGAGAAUGCCAAGUUGUGAUAUCCAAACAAUUAAUUGCUUGUGCAUUCAAGGGUCAUUAUGUGGGAGAGAUAAUGAUAGACUUGCAGGGGAAUGAUAAGACAGCCAAGCACCAAUUUUCUCAGCAACUCGUAGGGAUGAAGAGAUUCUCCAAAAUCACAUCUUGAAUGCAUCACAAUCGUCAGUUGAAC